AUGCCGAACACCUGGUGGUACGACGACGACUACGACGUAUGGGUCUGCGACGAGUGCAAUGGGCGCGAGUUCGUCAACUGGUCUGCGCUUGUCAAGCAUCUCGAGAUGUCGAGGAACCACAACUUUUGCACGGACUGCGAGCGCGACUUCGUGUCGUGGCCAGCGCUGCGCUCGCACUGGGCCAAUUCGUCGGCGCAUUCGUUCUGCACGCUCUGCGAUACGCAUUUCGACAACGACGAGCUCCUCCACGAUCACGAUGUCUACGACCACUUCCCCUGCCAAGGCUGCGACCAGAUCUUUGCGUCCGAGCUGAGUCGAUACGAGCACGGCCGGCAGAGCCAUCCAUUCUGCAUUGAGCACCGACGAGCUUUCCUCAGCCAAGCCGACCUGCGUGCACACCUCGAAUCGAGCGCUCACGUCCAGGCGCGGAUCCCGUGCGCCGCUGGCUGCGGACGCAAGUUCAUCGACUACUCGGCCAUGGUCCUCCACCUUGAAGCCGGCAGCUGUCAUUCCGGCUGGACCCGCCAGAAGAUCGACUACAAGUUGCGCUCGCUCCCAGCAGCCCGUCCUUACAUGACUUCGUCUCAACGCCUCAUCGCCGGCCCGACUGCCCAGACGCGCUCGUCAUGGGUCGCAACCGAGGACUCGUACAACGACUGGGAGCAGGCCUACGAGUGCUUCUUCUGCCACCGCCUCUUCAACUCCCUCGCCGGCCUCAAUCAACACCUCACCUCGCCUCGACACGCCUACGCGACAGAGACGGGACGCACCGGCGAGAAGCUGUACAAGUGCCCGAUGGAGAACUGCGGGCGCAAGUUCUCAACGUUUAGUGGCCUUGUCCAGCAUGCGGAGCGGGGAGGAUGCGGCGUCCUCCAAUUCCGGUUGCAGAAGGCGCUCGAUGGGUUGACGACGAGCAUGAGGGCGUUGACGUGGUAG